UCGUUUGAAAAAAAUGGUACGAUACACCCCCCGUAUCGUAAAAAGGGGGUGUAUCGGCCCUGUAUCGCACGUAUCGUACGAUACGGGCUAAAAACGCAAAAGGGGGCCCAAGACCUACUUAUUCGGCUUCUUUUUGAAAUUUUUCUUCCGUUCUUCAUUUCUAACAAUUGGAUAGUGCCGUGAGGGAGAGCGAUCGUUCAUUUUCACCAUGAAAAACUUGAUUUUCAUUGUCAAAUCGAAGAUUAAGUGGUCGAUUUGUGCGUGGGUGCUUGAUUUUUGUGGGAAGGAAAGGGGUUUUCUUCAUUUCAGACAUUUCUUCUUCGUAAGGUAUGAAAUCUCAUGUUCUUACCAUAUAUUCUUAAUUUUUUACCGUUUAAUCGUACAUUGGAAGACUUUGAGUGUUUUUCAUUAAGUUUACCAUAGGAUUUCGUUUUUUUUUUUUGAAGAUAUGGAUCUUACAUGGCAAUGGUGCGAAAGGGUGAAGGAGAAUAACCGUUUGAAACUCAAAUGUGGCUUCUCUGGGAAUACAUUUUCAGGAUGGAUUAUUAGAAUGAAACACCAUUUGGCAGGGACCUCCAAAGAUGCGUCUCCUUGUGUUGGAGGACCAAACAAACCUUUGCCUCCAUUUGUGUGUCAACAAUGUUUAGAUAUGCUUCAUGCUUUACGUCAAAAGAGAAUACAAAAAGAAAUUGAAGAUGCAGAUGUAGGCUAUAAUGUGCCUUUGGAAGAUGAAGAAGAAGAGGAAGAAGCUUAUGAAUGUGAUGAUGAAGACGAUAGCAGUCUAAGAACAGAUUUGGAGACCUCAAGAGGUAGAGAUCGUAGAGGAAAAGGGAUUAUGUAUGAAGGAGGUCAAUCUGGCCUAACGGGAAGGAAGAGAAGAGGCACAAUAGAUAUUAGGGCCAAGCGUGGUAUGCGACCACCUAGUGGUAGAGUUCCUACUGGUAGGUCUAGUGUUGGCUCUAUUAAGAGUUUUUUCCCUUCAUAUACCAGCCCAAGUGGUCCGCCGCAGAUUCGUGCUGCUAUGACAUCUAAAAGUAUAGAACAUUUUAUUGGAGUCCAUGUGCCACUCAUUGUGUUAAUCUAAUGCUUCAAGAUCUUAAUGAGAUGCAUGAUAUGAAAUCAGUCAUUGACCAAUGUCAAGAGGUAACAAAAUUUAUCUAUAAUCAUGCAUAUGUAUUGAGUUUGAUGAGAAAAUUUACAAAAGGAGUUGAAUUAAUACGACCUGCACAAACUAGAUUUGCCACAAAUGUAUUGACUGUGCAGAGUGUGGUGAAACAAAGAACUCCUUUGAGACAGAUGUUUGCUAGUGAAGAAUGGGCUGCAUAUCCACAUGCUCAUAAAAGAAAUGCUUCUUUAGUUGUGGAUAUUAUAUUCAAUAACGUAUUUUGGGAAUCAUGUGUGAAGCUAUUGAAGGUUUGUGUACCAUUAGUUAAGGUUCUCAGGUUGGCUGACAGCGAGGACAGACCUUCCAUAGGGUACUUAUAUGAGGCUAUGGACAAAGCAAAAGAGGCAAUUCGAGACAACUUAAAGGAGAAUAAAAAGUUAUAUAUGCCCAUAUGAAAGAUUAUAGAUAAAAGGUGGACUGGACAACUUCAUCAACCUCUUCAUGCAGCAGCUUAUUAUCUAAAUCCUGCAAUUAGAUUUUCUCCUACAUUUAAGAAGGACAGAGAAGUCAUGCAUGGUUUGUUAGAUUGUAUUAAUGUGUUAGUGGAAGAUUCUACAGAACAAGAUGCUGUGCACAAUGAGUUGGAUCUAUAUGAUAGUUGUUAGUUGGAUCUAUAUGAUAGUUGUUUUCGGAACAUGGGACUACCUGCCGCCGUUCGAGCCAGGAUAACGAUACGUCCAGGUAAAUACAUAGAAAUUUUUAAUUUACUUUGCAUUUGUUACAUUUGAUUCUUUUAAAACUUUCACACUGAUUUGUUAUAUUUUUGUUUAGAUUUGUGGUGGAAUAGGUAUGGGUUUGAUUGUCCAAACCUAGCACAUUUUGCAGUCAAAGUCCUCAGCCAGACAUGCAGUGCUAGUGGAUGCGAAAGGAACUGGAGUGUGUUCCAACAUAUCCAUAGCAAAAAAAGGAAUAGGCUCGAACAUAAAAGGUUGAAUGACCUUGUCUUUGUUCGAUAUAAUAUGAGGUUGAAACAAAGAGAAUUAGAAAAAUCAUUAGCAAGUAAGCACACAUCUCAGUUCGAUCCUAUCAGCUUGGACAAUUUUGACGAUCUAGAGCCAUGGAUUAAAGAAGAACCAGGUACAAUAUUUGAUGAUGAAGAUCUUGAAUGCUUCAACCUUGAAGCUGAAGCAACAGAAGGCUUUGUUGAUGAAGGAGAGUCUGCUACUGCUGAUGCUGAAUAUGUUGGUGAAGAUCUUCCAAUUCUUGACGAUGAAGAAGAAGAAGAAGAAGAUGAAGAUGAAGAUGAUGAAGAUUAUGAAUGAUGAAUCAUGAAUGAGAGUCAAGUCAAGAGUGUUUUCAUUUUAUAUGUAACAAAAACUUAAGAGUUAUGAAUCUAUGGUUGUUGAACACUUGAUUGAAUGUUUUAUGACUUUAUCACUUUAUGGCUUAUGGCCUUAUGCUUUGUUGAAUGAUAUUGUAUUAUUUAUUGUUAUGAAUUUUGAUAUUUAUGAAUGAUGAACGCGUAAGUUUAUAGCAAUAAUAAGUCUAUCAUUAUCUCAAACAUGUUUUCUAUAAACAAUUUAUUAUUUUUAAUUUUUUUUAUUUUUUUAUGAAUUUUCCGAAUUUUUUUUAAAAUUUUUCUGAUUUAUUUAUAAUUUUUAAAAAAAAAUUACGAUACGGUUACGAUACGUUACGAUACGGCGUAUCUUAAAGCACGACCGAUGCACGACCGAUACGGCUUACGAUACGCGUUUUACAACAUUGAAGGAAACAAAUGAUGUAAAAUCAUGGCCUACUCCUUGCCUCCUAAAUGACAUCAAGAAACAACGCAAGAGAAUUCCAAGCAGUACU